AUGGAUGCUAGUGGCCUUGAACUUGAAAAUAAUGACACUCCCACACCUACGCACACUCCUACACCAACUCCUAUACCUGUGUCAAAUACCCCCUCCACUCACAAUGUUAAUGCUACUGAAGGGACUGCUUUAAGAAAACAAGGGGAUACAGCUGUUUAUACAUGCUUGCAUUGUUCAAGUGAAUACAGAGGGGGUGGCAUAAAUAGAUUGAAGCAGCAUCUAGCUGGGGUAAGUGGUCAAGUUGUUUCUUGUAAAAAAGUUCCUCAUGAUGUAUGCCAUCGAAUGAUCCAAUCUUUAAGGGAAGUUUCAAAAAAAAGAAAGCUAGAUGAUAUUGAGGAAAAUUAUGGUGAUAUUGAUGACUUACAAGAAGUAGUUGAUGCUGGUUCAAAUCCUCCUUCAAAUACAGCUCCUUUGAAUCAAGAUAAAAGGAAGGCUUCUACAAGUGGUGCAAAGAGACAAGCUUCUGGUGCAACUGGCAAUUACUUUGCCCCAAGAACAAUUCCUGGGGCACAACCAGCUAUAGAUGCAAUUGCUGCUAUAGGACCUGGAUUCAAAGGCCCUAUUGCUUAUGAUAUGAGAGUGAAUUUGUUAGGGGAUUUGAAACAAGAAUGUCAUUUAAUUGUUGAUGCUCAUCGACGCAGAUGGGAAAGUAAUGGUUGCACAUUAAUGGCUGAUGGUUGGACUAAUGUUAGGCAGCGUACAUUGACAAACUUUUUAGUUCAUUCUACGAAAGGUAUAGUGUUUGUGAAGUCUGUUGAUGCUUCAGAGCUAGUCAAAGAGGCCAAGACAUUAUUUCAUUUGUUUAGUGAAGUGAUAGAGUGGAUUGGCCCUAAAAAUAUUAUUCAUGUGGUGACUGAUAAUACAGCCAACUAUGUAGCAUGUAGUCGACUGAUUCAUGAGAAAUAUAGGCAUAUUUAUUGGUCAUCGUGUGCUGCACAUUGCUUGAAUCUCAUCUUGAAGGACAUUGCAAGUUUGCCUCAUGUGUCAGACCUUGCAUCCAAGGCAUCAAAGAUUACCAUUUUUGUGUACAAUCAUACUGUCUUUUUGUCAUGGCUUAGAAAAAGACAAGGUUGGAGGGAGAUUGUGCGUCCAGGAGCAACUAGAUUUGCUACCACCUUUAUUACUUUACAAAGCAUCCAUAAGCACAAGAAUGACUUGCAAGCUUUGGUGGUUGAUAGACAUUUUGUUGAUCACAAGUUGUCAAAGACAGUAGCAGGACAGAAUUUUGCUAACAUUGUCUUGGACAAUAGAUUUUGGAAUGAGUGUUAUGACAUUGUGGCGCUUGUUGGUCCCCUCAUUCGAUUGUUAAGAAUUGUUGAUGGAGAUGAAAAGCCUUCUCUUGGCUAUGUCUAUGAAGGCAUGAUAAGGGCAAAACAUGGAAUCAAGAGUUUCUGUAACAACAAUCCUCAUAAAUAUAAGCCUUACAUAGACAUUCUUAAAGCUCGAUGGGAUAAGCACUUGAAGACUAGUCUUCAUGCAGCAGCAUAUUUUUUGAAUCCGGCAUUCAUGUAUGACCCUUCUUUUCAUCUCAAAAGAAAGCUCACAGAUGCUAUACUUGAUUUGCUUAGGGUGUAUGGCUCUGAUGAUUAUGUCCAGUUGUGGGAGCAAUUGAGUUUGUACAAAAAUCGUGAUGGUUCUUUUACUCGAGAUCACUUGGGUUUAGCAGCAAAAAAAUUAUCACCUUAUGAAUGGUGGUCAUUUGUUGGAGGUGAUGCUCCACAAUUGCAACAAGUUGCAAUCCGUGUGCUUAGCCAAACUUCAUCAUCUUCAGGAUGUGAGCGUAAUUGGAGCUUGUUCGAACGUAUUCACACAAAAAGAAGAAAUAGAUUAGACCAUCAAUGCUUAAAUGAUCUAGUUUUCACUAAUUACAACUUGCGGUUGCAGCAUAGGUCAGAGUUGAAGAAGAAAAAUUAUGAUCCUAUUGAUUAUGCAUCUAUUGAUAGACUUGACUUUUGGAUAGCUGAAGAAGAACCUGCUCCCGAGUUUAAUGAAGCAGAUUGUGAUGAAUAUAUGAAUGCUACAUCUUCUCCACCUUUAUUUGAUGAGGUUGGAUUUAAAGCUCAAUCUACACCUGUUGGAGUUAGAGGUCAAUCUACACCUACUGGAGUUGGAGUUCAAUCUACUCCUGAAGUUGCUAUCUCAAAUUUUCUUCCUACUAUAGUUGCUAAUGACUUAGCAACUAAAGAACUUAACUUGAAUGAGUUUUAUGGUGAUGACUGA